AUGUGGUGGGAAUGGGGGGCGCUGAGUGGUUGGACGGGCCAGGCGCUAAUCAACGGGCCAGACGCAGGUGGUGUGGUGGUGGGAGGAUGGGCACUGCAGACAGCGAGCGAAGCAGUGCAGAAGAAAAGGGCAACAGUCUGUCUGCGAGGUUCUGUUGCUUGCAGUAUAGCUACGUCUAGAGCGCUUUGGGGAGGGCGCGUGCCGUCACCUACACCAGAACCGUGA